AAGAACUCUGGAUUCUGUCAAGUGCCACCCCAAUGAAUUAGUUUAAUUUUUCUAAUAUAAUUUGCCACAAACUCCCCAAUUUCCACCAUAAGGCCUCCUCCGAGCAACGUCGAAAGAUUAUCUUCUGGAGUUUCUUUUCUAAAUCCAAAAUCACUGCCAGUUUCAUAAGAUUAGAGCUUGAAGAAAUGUUGAUGGGACAUACAGAAGUUCUAGCACAACAUCAAUACUCGAAGGAUCGUCUUCUGUCCGAUCUGGUAUCUGAGUUGGAUAUUGAUGAAGCUGCAGAUUUCUCUGAACAGAUUCUUUAUGAAGCAUCUUUCGAGGAAUUUGGAAGAUACAGUGUCCAAUAUGACACUAUUAUAUGGCUUUCUAUAUCACUGCUGCUGGUUUUAGCCUGGGGUUUUGGGAUAAUCAUGCUACUUUACCUGCCAUAUAGGAGAUAUGUGCUUCAGAAGGACUUUUCCUCCCGCAGAUUAUAUGUCACACCAAGGAAAAUAGUUUACAAGGUUUCAAGACCUUCAUUCAUACCUUUUUGGGGUACCACGAAAAUUGAGAAGAAUGUUCCUCUUUCCUUGGUGAUUGAUAUCAUUAUUGAACAAGGUUGCUUACAGUCAGUGUACGGAAUCCAUACCUUCAGAAUUGAAAGCAUAGCACGUGGGAAAGCUUCUCCUGUUGAUGAUCUGCAGGUUCAAGGGAUUUCUAACCCUGGUCUUCUGAGAAAGAUCAUUGUAAGAGAAGCUUCAAAAGUUAUUCAAGACUGUUGGAAUACAACUCCAUUAAAUGCUGAAGGAGAAAGCACUUUUCCUUCAAGAUCAAUGGAGGGACCUACUUUUUUAAGAUCUCCAUCAAGAGGGUUGAAGACUACUAUAUCACCACAUUAUGUGGCGAAGGAACGAAGAAGUAUAUUGUCUCAGGAACUGCUGCUUCAAAAGCUGGAAGAAGUCAAUAUAUCAGUCAAGAAAAUUGAGCAGCUUAUUAACCAGCCCCACCCUGCCCCAGAAUUCAGCUGAUAAGAAACAUCAAACAUCAAUCUGCUCAAUGAACCUAUUUUGUAGUUCAAGCUUGAGUUGAGUGAAACAGAUGAAAAGAAAUUUGGAACUGCACUCUGUUUCUGUCUGUAUAAAGGUAGGAAAAUGGUAGAAUACUUCAGCUCUGUAAAUUAUGAUUUCCUUGGCAACAUUCAUUCUUUGUUUCCUCUUUAGAUAAAUUGCAUUUUUAUCCUAGGUUCAUUAUGUUAAUAAAAAUGGCUCGGUGAAAACCUUCUCAUAUA